AUGGAUGACAGCGACGAGCUCGGUCUAGUUCUUUCCCACAACACAUCAUCUGGCUCCAAGUCGGGCGGUGACAAGAUGUUUUCCUUAAAAAAAUGGAAUGCCGUGGCUAUGUGGAGUUGGGAUGUCGAAUGCGAUACUUGUGCCAUUUGCCGGGUGCAAGUGAUGGAUGCUUGUCUCCGAUGCCAGGCGGAAAACAAACAAGAGGACUGUGUCGUUGUUUGGGGAGAGUGUAACCAUUCUUUCCAUAACUGCUGCAUGUCCCUUUGGGUGAAGCAGAACAAUCGCUGCCCCCUCUGCCAGCAAGACUGGGUGGUUCAGAGAAUCGGCAAAUAA